AUGGCCACCCUCAGCAAGCGCAAGUUUGUCAUUGCGGUUGUGUCAACAGAGUCAGUGGCGAAACGCGACGAGUUUAUUAAACAACUAGCCAAAGCCGCCCAUGAGGCCCUGUUCAACGAAGGCGGGACGCUGAAAUAUGCCGUCCUUACAUCGCGCGAUGUCGCUAGGGAAACAGACAUCUGGGUGAUUGAGGAGUACGUUCGCGCCCAAGCCACGACCAAACACGCAACGUCACUGACAGAGUAUGCAAGAUACAUUGACGAGGCUGCUUUCGAUCACCACAUGUCUCUUCCCUCUGUCAACGCCAUGCAGGUCUGGUUGGGUGAAAAUCUUGGACCAAAGCCUCCAACGAUGCAUAUCCUCACGUACCCAUCAGAUUCAUUUCAGUUCACGCGGCAACAGGUCAAUAAACAUACCGACCCUUGGAUCAUCAUCGCGAAGCUCAAUUACAUGGUUGGAGGUGUUGGUACGUCCCUUCCAUACUGGCAGGCCGUGGUGGAUCAAGGUCGUGAAGAGGAAGUAGGCACUUUGGUUUACGGCAUACUGAAGGACGAAGGCACUGUUGAAAGGUUGUUCACAAUGGAAGCCUAUGAGAGCGAGGCCUACCUGAAAGAUGUCCAUGUCAAAAGUGAUGCUAUUGCGGCUAGCAUCAGGGACACGAAACAUCUGCGCACUGGUAUCGAGUGGUCAUUUCUCAGGCUGGUGGCAGGUUUCUUGCAUAAGUAG